AUGCAUAAGGCGCAGCUCUUCUCUGUGGCCAAACUGGCCAAAGUUUUCAGCAGACUGUCUUGGAGACUUAAGAGCACAGGAGGAAGACCCUCAGCUCCUCUGGGUUCAAGGAUUCUGACAAAUCCUGAUGAUACCUUCAAGCACAACAUGUGGUCAGAUAUCUUCUCUAAUGUCUCACUUGCCAUAUGCAUUUUAAGGAGAUAGGAGUUAGAGUGUAGGUGUCCCAGAUUUGGACUCUUAAUGUAACAUUGAUAUGUCAUAGAUUUAUACUGUCUUUUCUUGGAUACAGUUUGGGAGUUGUGUUUUGCUUUAUACACUAGGGAUCAUGUACAAUGGACAGAGGAGGAUAAAGAAAACGCACGACAGAAGGCAGAAGAAAAUUCCUGUGUACAAAUUCCUCAAACAGAACAAGGCAAGUUACUACUCCAAAUGGAGUUUCUUGUAAUGACAGUAUAAUACAUAAAUCAUAUAUCUCCUCCACACAGGCAAAUUCAAAACAGAGGCCUCCCGAUACUGGAAUGAGUUUUAUGAGACACAUCAGGAAAAGUUCUUCAAAGAUCGCAAGUGGCUGUUCUUAGAAUUCCCAGAAUUGCAUCCCCCAGAUGUAAAGGACCAAAUGACAAGCAGGCAUUCGGAUGAUCAGCAAACAGCAAACCCACAUUCUACUGGGUCAAGCACAGACACCGAGACCAAACACCAGCAUCACGAAAGCCCCACAAACCAUCAUAGAACAGAAACAUCUAAUCAUAAGGAAUCCUGCUGGGGAGCGCCCACAGAAAAAAACAAGACAGUUUUUCCUGGCCAGCAUGCUUCCUUCAGGAUCCUGGAGGUUUUUCUCUCUUUUUUUGUUGUACUAAUAUAAAGCUGUGUCUAAAUGUAUUAGGAAGAAGCUUUAACAAAAUUGCUUUAUCAUUAUUCACCACAACUAAAUGUAUCUCGUUCUUUCCAGGUUGGAUGUGGGGUGGGGAACAGUGUAUUUCCCAUAGUUGAUUCCAUAAAGUAAGUACAUUUUUUUACAUCUAUAAAUGCACUAUUUAUUUUAUAAUUUUCCUCAGUGAAAAUAAGGUUCAAAUUUCAAUAUUCUGUGCAGCCUGUAUCAUAGAACAUAUCUUUUUGGAAACACACAGAUUUUCUUCCCAGUUUUAAUGUUUAUAGUGCCCCCAAAUUAGCAGGAAACUGCAUUUUGCCACAAAUAGAAUUGCCUUUCGUUGGAAUUUUAUUGACAAGGGAAAGAGUUAUAGAUGGCAUAUCUCUAGUAAACCUGCCCCAUCCUGUUAAACACACAUAUUAAACAAACCUAAACAUUUUUAUCAUAUAAAUUUUAUGUUCAGCAGCAUUUGAAAUGAGAGAAACUGGCUUCAUCACACAGCUCUUUGUUAAACUGUCUGUUGUGUUUCACAGAGACAGGGAUGCUUUCUUAUACUGCUGCGACUUCUCCACAUGUGCCAUUCAGCUGGUGAAGGUGGGCUUUUGUCAUAGAGCAUUUUAUAUUACAUAUCACUUUUUAUACAUUUGUUUAAAGAAAUAAUGACUAAUAUCAGUUCUCAUUGAAAACAACUUGGUCUGUAUAACACCCUUGCAAUACUGACAGGGAUGUAUCUCAGUACCUGAUGUAAUUAUGUGGACAUCAGAUUAUGAUUAAGUCCACUUUCACGUGAACUGUUCAGAGUAUGGACUUAAUUUAGAUGUGAUCUGUCCAAAUGGCUCACUUUGAAGGAACUGUGGCAUAGACCAAAGAGGUAAAUAUACAUCAGGGAUUUUAAGACGACAUAUUUGCACAGGAUAUGACUGUUUAUUAUCCUUAGCUUUUUACUUUAAGAGUCACCUCUAAAAAUAUGUGAAACUAAUUUUGAUUUUGGUUGAAUCUUGGAGGCUGAUAAGACUUUGUCAAGUAAUUUUCCUGACAAAAUACACUCAUAAAAGACAGAGAUGAGAGGUAAAAUCACAAAAGGAAACCAAGGUAUUUUGGUACCAGUGAAUGUAAAAGAUGGGUGAAAUACAAAGACUGAACUAAAAACGUCACCUCUACCUUAGCUACCAAUUAGAAACUUGCAACUUUUUUUCCCUUUUACCAGAGCCAUCAAGACUACAAUGAGUCUGUGUGUCAUGCUUUUGUUCAUGACAUCUGUGAGGAGACAGCCUCCUUUCCUUUCCCUCCUCAGAGCCUGGAUGUUAUUCUGGCCGUCUUUGUCCUCUCCUCCAUUCAUCCAGACCGGUAGGUGAAGGUCACUAGACAAAGGACAGCUUGAUGUCAUUUCUUACCUGCCAGACCCCCCACCCUCCACUACCCCAGGGGUCCUUCACUGAAAGUUAGUUUUGCUAAAGUAGAAGUGUCUGUGUUUUGUCAGGGAAAUGGAUCUUAAGUAAUAAGAUGUUAUUACUCCUGUAGUUGGCAGAGGUGGAGUUUUGAACUGAUAGUACCUUGUAUAAAUUUACAACUAAUAAUCAUUUAUAUGAUGGAUUAAUCAGGUUAUUAUCCUGUUUCACUUAACUGAUUAAUUGUUUGGGUUGAAAACCUUUCAAUCAAGUGAAAAAUGCUGUUGCAAAGUGCCUAGAGCCUAGCAUGACUCCUUCAGAGUGCUUAUCCCUGAAAGAAGUAAACAAGAACAACCAAAACUGCUGAAUAUUUUUAAAUUUUAGAACAAGUCUCAAUUAUUGGACAUUAAAAGCCACAAAAUGUGAGCUGUAAAAUAGCAGCACAGCAUAUACAAGCAUGCACAUGAUGUUCGAAACCCUGCUAGAAGAGCUAUUUUUGUUUAGCUCUGUUAUUUGAUCUUUAGGUGAGAAUUGAUGUAUCUCCAUUAAUGUUUUGUUGAUGUUUGCUCAUAUCUUCAUGAGCCUCUGUCCUGUCCUUAAAUUUCUUUUUAUGUUUCAUUCUCAGAAUUCAAGGAGUUGUGAAUCGACUAUCCUCAUACCUGAAACAUGGCGGGAUAUUUCUCUUUCGUGACUACGGGAGACAUGACUUCUCACAGCUAAGAUUUAAGAAAGGUGAGGUGUUCACUUUUGAAUGAAGUCAUUUAGCUGCUUUUACUCAUUCGCUGUAACACUUUAUUUUAGCUGUAAUGUUUCCUGACAGCUUAAAUUCAAUUCUAAAACUCUUCUUUCCAUCUUCAGGACGGUGCCUAUCAGAGAAUUUCUACACACGUGGAGAUGGAACAUGUGUAUACUUUUUUACCAAAGGUACUUCUCAGACAUAAAACCUGUAUUUUUCCCAUAUGGAAUAAAAAAACUGCCCACAGGACCCUGACUUCCAAUGGAUCCUGUCUUUGGUAUUUACAAUUUAAGGUGUCAGAAUUUAUAGGGAUUUUUGAGUUUAGUGUAUAGGUUUGUUGACAUGCUGGAUUAAGUUCUUGCCUUCUUUUGGUCUGCAUAUGUAUUAACAAAAUAAUGAUUAUUUUUACAGAAGAGGUUCAUGAUAUAUUUUCUAAGGCUGGACUGGAAGUUGUCCAGAAUCUGGAGGACAAACGUCUCCAAGUGAACAGGAGAAAAAAAGUGAUGAUGCGUCGUGUUUGGAUGCAGAGCAAGUACAGGAAGUGACAUCUGAAUCCCCCAUCACCAUCUUCAAAACCAACCAUGUAUAACUCACUCUGAGCUUAUAUGGCCUUUUUAUGCUUUUAUUUAUUUACAUUUGAGCCAUAAAAAUGUUCUCUUUUUGUAUCAUCAGUGAAUGUAAAAUAACAAAAGUGUAUGUAAUAAACUUGAACAAUAUUUUUUCAACAAACUUAGUGUCACAAGGUGUUUUUCAAUCCAAAUAUGAAUGUCUGAAUGGACUGAUACUAUAUACUUUGGUAUCUCAGUGUGCACACAGGGAACAAGCCUUUUCACUGCUGUGUACUGUGAGAUAUUUAAAAUUCCAAGUUGAAUGGUGGUUUUCUUUAUCUGUACAGAGAUUUUUAACUCUAAAAUACUAAAGUUUAUACUCACCAUCUGGGAUCACAAAGUAGGGGAGAGUGGGGUAAAUUGAGCCAAAAGUUAAGUUGAGCCACCCCCUGUUGCUUGGAAAUAGUAACAGAAAUUGAUCAUGUGACCAAAUAUUUAGGAGAUGGGCAUCAAUUCAUGGAGUCUGUGAAGGUUAGAAGCACAUGUGUUCAGACCAAAAAAGAUCAUUUUAAAUUUGUUUUAUACAUCAAUUGUGUUAUCUAUGAGCUACAACAUGAGGUCAAAAACCUAACAUAAAAGUCCACCAUUUUAGCAUAGAGGACUAAUGAAGUCAUAAUAGUAGUUCAGGGGAAAGUUGAGCCAGUGGAACAACUGAGAAAGUAAAGGAGUCUGAUGAGAGGAUCAGAGUUUCACUUCAGAUUGUUGAAAUGUGUUACUUUUUCUUUUCAAGUAUACAGCUGUGAAUGUUCUGAAUCACUUAAAGACAUUCUCAUGUUAAAAUGACUUUUUACAAAACAGCUUUUUAACAGUUAUAUGCAAUAAUAAUAAAAAGAACUAUUGUACCAGUUGAAUAGCAUAUAAUAGAUUAAAAUACACAUUUAAUUAUCAAGAAGUGACUGUUUUUUAGGGGGGGGGGGGGAAUGCUAUAUUAUCAAGACAAUUAUGUUUACACUUAUUCUGUUGGUUUGCAGGGAUGCACAACAUCUUGAAAAAUAUGCAGAUACACUAGUUAGAGACAAAACUAUGAUUGCCUUGAUGUAGUGAUCCGAAAUAUGAAAAAUGGUUCAUCUUACCCCCUCUCCCCUAUUUUUUUUUUUUUUGUUUGUUUUUUUGUUUGUUUGUUUUUUUAUCUUGAUAACCCUUUAGAAAAAAAAUUUAGUUAAAAUGUGGAAUUCUCUGACAACAUUUUUUAGUUUGCCAAAUUCAUUUUUUUGUUUGAAAUUGUUUAAAUUGUGUACCUUACCAAAGAAAACGGCCAUGACCUGCUGUAGAUUUUCACCCAAAAAAGUUUUGACAGUCAUAGUUUCCACUCAUACACAGUGUUGUGAGAUAUUUUUUCUUCAGGUGUGAUUUGAGCUUUUAAAUGAAUGUGUUUUUUUCUCUCCAUGUGGUCAUUGACGUGAAGAAAACAAGUAUCACCCUCGCGAUAAGAGUUUUGCACACGAUGCGUGACGUUUCAUAGGCAACCACUUGAAGACGGAGAGGUGGCCCUGGAGUCAGGACGUACUGCUGAGGUGUGAAGAGGUUUGUGCCCUAAAAGAGACAACAAUUAGACGGUUUCACCAAGUCUUAGUCAUUGCACCCCUGUAAAAGAAGCUGUGGUAUAUCAGUCGGUGAAAUUCACAGUCCGUGUGAAGGGUAAACCGUGUGCGCGGCAGUGCCAACACACGAAAAGUAGCUUGAUGAGUGUCCAAAGUAGUGGAAGUUUGGAGGGGACGCCAUCUUUGGUCCCAGCUCUCCACGUCCCCAACACGGACUGUGUUUUCAGCAACAUACCACGGCAGUGGUGAAGGCCCAGGAAGGUAUCGUGAAACAUUUUAAGCCGCGUAUAUCUCUUCUGCGUGGUCGUUUUGUCCGUUUAGUGCUCAACAAAAGACAAACGUUGGAAAACGACCGAGCAAAUCUUGGUGGCGAAAGCUGCUCGCUAGCUAACGAUACAGUAACCCAUCAGAUCCAAAGUCAGCGAAGCCUGUUUGGCUAGCUAGCAGCAGCACGGAGGACACAGGACCGUCUCUGUGUGCCCAGGCCAGUGCAUUAACCUAAAGACAAAUAUGUGCAUGUUUGCGAUAAACCUCGAUCAGAGCUGAAACGGUUGCUACUGUGGUCGGUGCAUCUGUCUUAAAGCACGCUGACGUUAUUAGCAAACACUUGUCAAACUACUGUUAGACGUGAAUAUAACGUUGCAUUAGAAAACACAAUAAGCUUUUUUUGAUCAUGUUAUCUGUAUUUGGCUGGAUUGCUAGCCGACAUUGCACAAGUGAGAUUUGAGCAGUUCUUUGUGAGUUUUGUAUUUCUAGAAGUAUUAGCUACAGUAUGAAUGAAACUGGGGUAAACCAUCCCUCUAACGGUUCGGAUAAAGACAUUAAAUGUCGGUCUAUUUGUGUGACAUAACUCGUAGUUGUGGUCCACAAGAAAGGCUUUUGCUAUUGUUGUCACUGCAUGGGAUUGAAGGUAGCCUUGUUUGACCCUCUGGUUUUACUAACUUGGAGAAAAGAGUGCCUGAAGUGCCACAUGCCUCACUAAAAUGAAAGCUCUCAGGACACAGCCAGCAGGCUAAAGAAACGCUAUCAAAUUUGCUGAUAUUGAGUAUUUUGUCUAAGCUAGUGCAGUUAUUGUGUAUAUCACAUCUUCUUGCACAAUCAGCAGUUUGUGAUGAAAGACUUAAACAUAUCUUGGGACAUUGAUGUAGCUUCUCCAUGUGCAUUGUCAGCGUUUGCAUGCAGUGAUUGACAUUAUUUAGUGGUAGCUGCCUACAUCAGCAUGACAAGUUUAACAAAAUUGGGACAUUUGUCUGAGUUUUUAAAGCUUUGCCAGUGUGUAGCCCUAUAUGGAAGUGAUGCUUGACAUUUUUAUGCAAGGGAUUCUUUAAAAAAUGUCCAUGUGUCUGCCAUAAACAGGUGGUCACUGCUGAGCAGCACAGAGUUAAAAUGACAUCCACAGCAAGGGUUGUAAGGGUUCAACCACUUGUUCUUGCAGGGGCUUGAAUAUAGAUAAUAGUCAUGCACUGUGGCCUUCAAAUGAGAAACAAAGGGAAAUCCAUGAGAAACACCACUUUGCUGAUGGUGUGUGUUUUGUGGAGCUGUUGUGAUCAUUCUGUGUGAGUUAUUGUCCCCAUGUCAGUAGUAGGGGAUGUUUAAAGUUGAGGCUUCCCAUAGAGAUGAUUGUUUUAAUAUGUGAAGUCAUAGACUUGUAACAAUAACAACUGCUUCUAAUGAACAUAACUGUGUUGAUGUUGAAGACAAUAGGCAUUUUAGCCCUUCUUAAACUAAACUCAGUGGGGAAAAAAGUUUUAUCAAGUCAUUCUUUCCUUUGUAUAGCUUGGACAGGAAGUAAGGCUUUUGGUUUGUUAGUUUUUGUGAUUGAUAAUCUAAAUACCACAUAUAGAGUGCCGCCGUAUGUUCUCUCUGUAAAUGCAUAGUUUUUUUCCAAUGUUAGGCCAACAAUCACAGAUUUGUAGUUACAAGAUUGAUGCCUGCUAAAGACUGUGAAAUUGAGUCUAAGUUACAGACUAAUAAUGAGUCUGACAAGCCCACUUCAUUGUCUCUAAGUUGCUCAAGGAGAGGAAAUAAAUCUUCUUUACAAGUGUUAUUCAGGUCUCUACGGUUUACUUUUAUUUCAACCCACACUAUCUUUCAAAGGGUAAAGACCGUUGCUAGUGAUCAUGAGGUGACACAGGAAAAGUUUAUUUUCCUGUCAAAUAUCUAAAAAUGUGACUUCCUUUACUAGUAUGAGGUAAGGUAGAGUAAGUCACCUACACCAGUACUGUUUUAAGUCUAAUCCACUUGCACACACCUCAUAAAUGUAAUGUUUAGUCAUUUCUGAAUAUUAAACAGCUCAUUUAGUUUUCAGAGAAAGCAAUCUUAAAGUUAUAUCACAGUUUAACAAGUUAUUGGUGGAAACAUCUGUCAAACAGCCAAAUUAUUUAACUCCUGAAUUUCCUUGAAACUUUUAGGUGCUUCUUUCUUUUCUCUGCAGUUUAUUUCAUCAUCUUGUAUUGCCUUUAGAUCAAUAUCUGGUUAAAGUUUUAAUACUGUGAGGUACAGCUAAGAACAGGUCUGUGCUUGGCCCAUUUAACUGCUGAUGGCAAACUAAUAAUUGAAACUAGCUGCCUUUUUUUCUGUGGUUAAUACUGAUUGAUUGGAGGUGCUUUGAUGUACUAACAUAACUCUUUUGUUCCUUUUUGGACAACACCACAAUUUUUUUUUAUCUUUGUCCCUGUCCCUCAUCAAGUUAAUUGCUGCUAAGAAUGAAUCUGACAUUUUUAUAAGGUUCUUUUCUCUUGAUGACUGUAGCUCACGCAACAAUCAUGAGAAUGUUCUGUUCUGUAUGCCAGCUGAAGUGAAGGGUUCUGUUCUGUACUCCUCCUGCCCCCUGUAUCAUCCAAAAACAUCCAAGUAUGAUGAAUAACUACAGUUAGAUGACUUUUCAUCUUUUGCUGCCUGUGGUUGUUUUGAAAUAAAUAGAUGUCUCCAGACUUAGUAAUCCUGACAGUAAUACAUUAACUCCAGCCUGAUAAUCUGCCCUCUGCCUCAGUAGUUUGUAUUUGUGGGGCUGAUAAACUGCUCAUUUGACCAUUAGCAUGUCAUUGCCUUGUCGAACUUCUAGCUAUAUUUCGAAGAGUGAGGGUUAUGAAUGUCUUCUGCCUGACGUAUCUGGACACUGUGACUGAAUAACAGCUGCUUCGAAUGAACUAAUCCUCCAAUAGAUUUUAUUACAGUAUUAGAUUGGUUUCAUUGUUUUCUAAUAUGUGUCUUUAGGUUUUUAUUUGUUGUUCUUGCAACAUGCAAGAAGGAGGCCCAAGGCCGGAAUUGAACCCAGGCUGCCUGUGUGAGGCUUGACCUCUAUACAUGCCCAGGAAGCUGGGACCUCUGUGCCCCCGCCUCAUUUAAUCAUUGUCAAAACUAGCAUUGGAUGGUAUUUUGUGAUUUACCCAUUCUUUAGUGUAUCUUAAGUCUGCUGGUCUGUUGCAAUAUUUCUUUUAAACUGAAGAUAAACGGCACAUGCUGCUGUCUUGAUUGACUCUUCUUUUGGUUUUAAAUACAUGCUGAUAUUUAUUAUGUCAACAUUCGGUGCAAAAUCCAUCAUUUUAACCUAAAUUUGACCCUCACUUCAGUUCUGUUUGUAUCUGUUAUUUUAUUAUUUGCGUUGAUAAAAUUAUUAUUUCAAUAUUCUCCCUUUUCCUCGAAUACAGAGUCAAAAUGGGCGCUUCAUUCUAUCACAGCUUUAGUGAGCAGAUCCCUCUGAGAGUGCAGCAACACUGAAACCAAGGGAGCUCACAUAACAGUCCCACAGCAGCGCAUUAUUCAUCAAUGCCUUGCAGUCGAAACAUUGCUCUCGGACUCAAAGGACAAUAAUGUCAGUUGCACAGAAAUGCUGGUUUCUUAUCAACGUCAAUUUUGCCUUUCCAGCAGCAGUUACUAUUUUGUUCACUCUGUAAUUCUUUUGAAUAGGUGAUAUAAAGCUGCCAGUACUAGAUCUGGUUUGGGUAACAAGAGUAACGCAAUGAAAAGCCUGCUCAUCCCCUCAGCGCUGCACAGAUGUAGAGUGAAACCUGUCCUGCCACUGGGGAUGGGGCAUAAAUUUGGUCUUGUCUGAUAUUGUGGUCUGGACUUUGAAUCACCUGUCAGGAUAUGUUGCAUUUAGCAUAACUCCUCUAUCUGCUGUGACACCUGCUCUUGAGUGGGUAUUGAAAGGUUGCAGUUAAGCUGAUCUUUGAAUACUUGACACACGGUCUGAAAUGUGGCUUACCCUUGCAGGCACCAUGGAGGAGCUGCACAGCCUGGACCCCCGCAGACAAGAGCUGCUGGAGGCCCGCUUCAUGGGUGGGGUCAGCGGCAGCACAGGGGGCAGUACUGGCAGCACAAGUGGGGGAACCAAAGUAAGUAAAUAUGAAGUGAAGUAAGUGCUGAAAAUUCUCCAGUGAAAACACUCAUUGAGGAGCCAUACAGGUCUUACCUAGACAUGUUUUUCUUUUUUUAGGGUUUGACCAACAAUGAAUGUUCAAAUCAUAGUUUUGGAAGUCUGGGGUCCUCCAGUGACAAGGAAUCAGAGGUACAGACGAUAACAACACAUGUAUCUAUUUAUCUUUACAUUGGUGUUUUGUUUUUAACUUGGGUGACCUUGAGAUCAUCAUUAGUGAAAAAUGACUGCACAUGAUUUGAUGUCUGCAUCAUAUGUAUAAAAGGACAGACAUUUAAAAUCUUAAGUACAGAAUUGUAAAAUCUCUAAAACUUUUACGGUCUGAACAAUUUAAACAGCUAAAAUAAAAAUAAGGGCCAUUGACAACGGGAAAAAAAAAAAACUUUGAUAAUAUCCACAAAAAUCAUAAGUAACAAUAAUAAAGAAAAGGAUGAUGCAUCAAUUUCCUAGUUCACUUUUAAGAGCUUUGACUGCAUUCAGAUGGUAAGUCGCACGCUUUAAUGCCAGACUUUCACUUGAAGAGGAGUGUUUUUACAUUGUGCUAUUAAUAAAAAAUGGAUCCGGGCUUAGGCUACAUGAUAGCACAGGCUGCAGAUCCAAAAUACCAUUCAGCUUUUUUAAGCCUUUAUAUAUUUAAUGUUAUGACUUGGCCUAAUGUUUUAUCAUGAUACCAAAUGAUGUCACUCUUUAGCCAGCAGUGAGCUUGUUAAUGCCGUUUCACACUUGUGAUUGCUACAGCCUCUCUUAUCGUCUGUGCUCUGUCCUUUUUCCUUUUCAGACGCACAUAUAUCAAAAAUGUAUAACAGCACAUUUUAUUAGAAAUAGACUGUGCUUUGGCAAAAAGAAUGGACAGUAAGACAACACGCAUCUAUCUGUAAUUGAAAAACAUUUCUUUCUCACUUUGCAAGGGGUCGGAUGUGAAAAGAGGCAGCUCUCCAGCGUACUCGGUAAGUGUCAGAGAACAUAGAAUAAAAGUUAUCCUAAAAAAAGAAGGCCUUCACAGGCUUCGGUAAAGAAAGUGCAGUGAUACCUGUGACAAGAAUUAUAAGCAGAGUCUGUUGUCGUUAAGGCGAGAGUCUUUCAAAUUAUAAAUGGCCAUUUGAUUCAGUGUUGGUACAGAAAAUCUAGUACAGCAAUUGAUGUUUAAAAUAUUGUUAAAUAAACUUUCAGACCCCAGAGAAAAAACAGUCUGAAACCAGAGGCCGAAAAAGGAAACCUGAUAUCCAGUCAGAGAGCAGCCAAGGUGAGUGUCCCUGUGUUGAACUGGGUAUAUAUCCACUUUGUUCUCCAGUGUGUCUUCACAAAUUUAAUAGAUUACUGAACCCCUUUUCUCCUUUUCCCCUUCAUCAGGGAAAUCAACUGUGCGCGGACCCAAGAUCAGCGAUUACUUUGAUGUGAGUUUGCAGUUUGAUGCUGAAUUAAUUGAUGUUAAUUUUUAAGUCUUGAUCAGUUGUCCCCUAAGAUAACAGUAAGGCACUCUCUCUGAGGUCUGCUGUUAUCCAGUGUUGAUUAAUGAAUUUUUAGUUCCAGGGAGGAAAUGGCUCCAGUCCUGUGAGAGGUCUCCCACCAGUGAUUCGUUCGCCCCAGAACUCACAUUCCCACUCCGCUCAGGGCACAGCUGUAAGUUAUGCCACCAUUUGCACUCAAAGCAUUUUUUGCCGUUCCAUUUGCUGCAGCCCUGUCAAAGAAGUGCUCUCCAUCCUGCCACAGGUUAGACAAAAUAGCUCAUCUCCUACUAGUCUGUCUUUUGGGGACCACAUGACGCAUCCAAAGCAACAAGCAGCCAAAUUUGUUCAGGUGAGGGGAUUGCAGAUAUUUCAGAAAACACAGGCUCGCCAUGAUCACUCUCAAAUAUGUUUUGAGAUUGAAGGUUUAAAACAACUUUUGUUGUUGUUUUACACUCUAGACUGACCUUACAGUGCUGAAACUGGCUGCCCUUGAAAGCACUAAGAAUCUAGACCUUGAGAAGAAGGAGGGCAGAAUAGAUGAUCUACUAAGGGUAAGGACAAAAAUCUGCACAUUGUUGGGUUAUCACUCUCCUUCGACUCUACAAAACAAAUGAAACAGCCUUUGGCAAAGUAAGAGAGUGAUAAAGUGUGUGUAGCCUCCUCAUAUGUUUUGUUUUUCUGCUCUGUAGGCAAACUGUGAUCUCAGGAGACAGAUAGAUGAACAACAAAAAUUACUUGAAAAGUACAAGGAACGCUUGAAUAAAUGCAUCACCAUGAGCAAGAAGUUGCUCAUAGAAAAGGUAAAUCAUUUUCUUCACCCUUUGUGCAUUGAUAUACAUUUUUGUGCGUCUGCAAAUCCUCAUGCAAUUUAUUGUUUUGUAUUCCUCUUCAGAGCACCCAGGAGAAGCAGGCUUGUCGGGAGAAAAGCAUGCAGGAUCGACUUCGUUUAGGACAUUUCACUACAGUGAGACAUGGAGCCUCAUUCACAGAGCAGUGGACUGAUGGUUAUGCCUUCCAAAACCUAGUGAAGUAAGAGGCUCUAAGGGAGACUGUCUCUCAUUUAUCAUGUCAAUUUCAUGUUGCUGUUUUUUAGUAAAAGCCCACAUGAGUCUUUCACUUUACAUUUGAAUCAUAGUUUUAGCUCAUACUUCGUCACCUAUACUUGGGGAAAAACAAAAGAAAAAUCUGGGACACAGUAGUAAUGGGGGAACAAUUUUCAUAAACUUUAGAGGUGCAGACUUGUCAACUCGUUUUAAUUUUUGGAGUAGUAAAGCACAGAGUCAACUUUAUCGAAUAACUUAAUCUUUGUUUGUUGUGUUGGAAAUGCACAAUUUCACCUCAGGCUUUUGUAUAUUUUUCACUCAAAGUAAUGAUACUGUCUAUCACAAAAACAAAAUUAAAUGCUCUCUACUAAUCUGCUUGUUUCUGUAUGCAGACAGCAAGAGUGGAUAAACCAACAGAGAGAAGACAUUGAGAGACAGAGAAAACUUCUAGCCAAGAGGAAACCUCCGUCCUCCACCAACUCCCAAGCACCAACCACAAACUCAGAACCAAAGCAACGCAAAACCAAGGCAGUGAACGGAGCAGAGAGUGAUCCCUUUCUAAAACCCAGCCUACCUCAGCUGUAAGUCCAACAGGGUUACAGAGGAGAAACUAAAUCAACAUGGAGAUGCUGUGACCAAAACCAACACUUUUUCUCUCUCUCUCAUUGUGGAAAGGCUGACACUAGCAGAGUACCAUGAACAGGAAGAGAUCUUCAAACUGCGGCUCGGACAUCUCAAGAAGGUUUGCACAGAGCUGAAUCUACAGCUGCAAUUUAUUGAAUCAUUUUUAUUUCUUGGGUGGGAAAUUGUCUUUCUGUGCUGCACUGAACCUUUGAUUCAUGUAAUUAAUUUCAAAAGUCAACCAAUUAAUCCAGGCCUCGAUUUCCAAAAGGGUAAAGAGCACUUGCACAGUUUAGAGGUCAGCCCUAAUUGGAGGGACUGAAUUAUUUAAUCUCUUUAUUAUUUAGAUAAUUGAACAUUGAUUCUCCAGUUGAAACACUGUUUCUUUUGUACAUCUUUUGAUGGGAUGAGCCUUUAGUUAUUUGAUGUACUCAUUGUUUUCUUGAUGAAUAAGCAUCACAAGCAGCAUCUGACAGAUUCUGUACCGAGUCAUCCGUAAAUAUUUGAUACAGAACUAGUCAGCUGUGUGCAAGUGAGUUUUGAUGAGCUCCUCUCUUUGUAGCCGUCACUCUGAAGUUCCUUGUGUGCGUUUGUGUGUUUGUGUGCUUGAAUCAUUUAUAGGAAGAAGCUGAGAUCCAGGCGGAGCUGGAGCGUCUGGAGAGAGUACGCAACCUUCACAUUCGGGAGCUGAAGAGAAUAAAUAACGAGGACAGCUCGCAGUGAGUCUGAAUCCGUUUCUUCAACUCUGUCUGCAUUGACAGUAGAACGUGUACACUAGGGCGAAUAUCCUAAACUGCAGUGGUGUAAUAAUAUGUAUCUGCCAGCUAAAUAAAACAGACUUUCCUGUUCUGUUCUCUCUGUUAAUCUCAUCCAAAGGUUUAAAGAUCACCCAACGUUGAAUGAACGAUAUCUGCUCCUACACCUUCUAGGAAGAGGGGGCUUUAGUGAAGUUUACAAGGUACGGCAAUAAAUAAAGUUGCACCUUUUCCAAGUUUUGUUUUUCAAAUAUAAGCCAACUCAGUGUGUGUAUUUUUUUACAGGCUUUUGACUUGAUUGAACAACGAUAUGCUGCUGUGAAGAUCCACCAACUCAACAAAAACUGGCGAGAAGAGAAGAAGGAGAACUACCACAAGUAUGUCUGCUCAUGUUUAAAUAUGUAACAUUCCCUGCAGUAUAGAAGACAUGCUGCUCUGGUGUCCCUUAUCCCAGCGUAUUGUUAUUCCUCCCCAUAAGCCCCCUUGCAGAGCUGUCACUGCAGAAUGUAGCACCUGCACCUUCAUGCUUUAGUUGCUAAAAGAGGCAUAAUUACCCUCUUCCUCUCCACAGGCAUGCAUGUCGAGAGUACAGAAUACACAAAGAGCUGGACCACCCCCGAAUCGUGAAGCUGUACGACUACUUCUCACUGGACACAGACACGUUCGUAUACUGAUGAGUUCUUCCUGGUUCCUCCUCUUUUGUUUAGUUUCUGUUAGAUGUGGACCAUAACUCUGAGUAAGUCUCCUCUUCCUAUUCAACAGGUUUUGCACUGUCAUGGAGUACUGCGAAGGCAACGACUUAGAUUUCUACUUGAAGCAGCAUAAGCUAAUGUCCGAGAAGGAGGCACGGUCCAUAGUCAUGCAGAUAGUAAACGCACUAAAAUACCUGAAUGAAAUCAAACCUCCCAUUAUCCACUACGACCUUAAGCCAGGUAAACAUGCCCUUUUGAACAAGUUUCAUGUCCAAGUGAUGGUGCUCCUGUGCUUCUCCUGUAGUAACCUACUUUAUGUUGAUUUCAAGGCAAUAUCCUGUUGGUGGAUGGUACAGCCUGUGGAGAAAUCAAAAUCACCGACUUUGGUUUGUCCAAGAUCAUGGAUGACGACAACUAUGGCGUCGAUGGGAUGGAUUUGACCUCGCAGGGUGCAGGGACCUAUUGGUGAGGAAAAAAAACAUCCACAUAAACAUACAGCUAGUCCUCACACAAACACAAACUGUAAAAUUACAGUGAAGUAGCAUUUGGUGCUGAAAUGCUGAAACAACAUGCAGCUCUUGAAACCUAACAGCUUUUUUCCCCUCAGGUAUCUGCCCCCUGAAUGUUUUGUGGUUGGAAAAGAGCCUCCAAAGAUCUCCAACAAGGUAGACGUGUGGUCUGUGGGUGUCAUCUUUUUUCAGUGUCUUUACGGAAGGAAGGUAAGGAAGGAAGGAAGGACUCCAGCCAUUUUUGGUUAUUUAUUGAACUAUUAUUAAGCACUGCCUUCUCCUUUUUUAGCCUUUUGGCCACAAUCAGUCACAACAGGACAUUCUGCAGGAGAACACCAUACUGAAAGCUACUGAUGUCCAGUUCCCAGUCAAGCCUGUUUCUAGCAAUGAAGCAAAGGUAGAUGAACCUCCAUGCAUAUUAAAAGUUGCGUUAUAAGGAAUCUUACAGCUCUAUUGACAAGCACUUGUUCAUACAACCCCUCUCUCCUCCAGGCCUUCAUAAGACGGUGCCUGGCAUACAGGAAGGAAGACAGGGUUGACGUUCACCAAAUGGGAAGUGACCCCUACCUGCUCCCUCACAUGCGGAGAUCUAGCUCUUCUGGAAACCUGCAGAUGAGUGCUGCUGGCUCAGGACUCGCCUCGUCCAGUAUCAUCUCAUACUGA